AUGAAGAAGCCGUUGCCUCAAUUUACCGACCCCAUACUCCCUUAUGAAGAGCCAGAAGAGUUGCAAGAGGAAGAGAAGAGGCAUGAAGAUGAGGUUCGGGAUGAAGGUUCAAGUAGUGCGGUUAAACGUACCAAACCUUACCCAUAUCGGGGUGAACCUAAGAGACAGAAGGAGGCACCCACCGAUUUUAUGGAAAUUUUUGGGAAGCUAGAGAUCAACCUACCGUUCUUGCAGGCACUAAAGCUGCCACCGUUCAGUAGAUUCAUAAAGGAUUUCAUAGCCGAGAAGGCGAAAGCUGACGGGAAAAUCGUGAUCGGGGAAAAUAUAUCCGCUGUUAUCCAGAAGAAAAGGAUUCCUUCAAAGAGAACAGAUCCUGGGAUGUUUACCUUGCCCAUCAUCAUUGGGGACGUCAACAUUGAGCAUGCUAUGUGCGACUUAGGGGCUUCAAUUAAUAUGUUACCAUUUUCGAUUUACAAGAAGCUAACCGGAAGGGAUUUCCAUGUGAUCCGAAUGAACGAGGCAGAAACAGGUGAAUCAAGUGGAGUUCUGUUAGGGAGGCCAUUCCUAAAGACAGCUAAGACCAUAAUUGAUGUCAGUGAGGGCACAAUUUGUCUUGAUUAUCAUGGCGAGAAAUUCAUGUUCAACAUUGAUAAAGCCAUGAAGAAACUACUAGAAAUGGAGAAUCUGCACUCUCUUGAUAAAAUUACACCUUUAGUUCAUGAGUUUCUUGAAAAUGAAUUUCUACAAGAGCAACUUGAGGCUUCUGAGUUGGAUGAAUCCAUUGACGAAUAG